AUGUCAUCAUCCACCACCACCAGUGUCCAAAACAUGUUCUCCCUCGAGGGCCACACUGCCCUCAUCACCGGUGCCACGCGCGGCAUCGGUCAAGCAGUCGCCAUUGCCCUAGCCGAAGCCGGGGCUGAUAUCCUUCUUGUUCAGCGCGACGAAUCCUCAACCACCACCCUCAACGCCAUCAAGGCCCUCGGCCGCCAAGCCACAAUCUACAAAGCCGACCUCUCCUCGCCCACCGACGUCUCCCAGCUAAUCCCCCGCAUCCUCUCCGACAAUUACACCAUCCGCAUCCUGGUAAACUGCGCCGGCAUCCAACGCCGACAUCCUUCCCACUUAUUCCCAGACUCCGACUUUGCCGAAGUGAUGCAAGUCAACCUCAACACCGUCUUCACGCUAUGUCGGGACGUGGGCGCGCACAUGUUGGGUCUCGAGCCGCACCCCGUUACGGAACGGAAAGGGUCGGUGAUCAAUUUUGCUUCCCUCCUAACGUUCCAGGGCGGACUGACGGUCCCGGCGUAUGCGGCGAGUAAGGGCGCGGUUGGGCAGCUGACCAAGAGCUUUGCGAAUGAGUGGACUAAGGAGGGGAUAACGGUCAAUGCGAUUGCGCCGGGGUAUAUUGAGACGGAGAUGAAUGAGGCGCUGUUGAAGGAUGAGGGGCGGUUGAGGAGUAUUAGUGAGAGGAUUCCGGCUGGGAGGUGGGGAAGUCCGGAAGAUUUCAAGGGGACGGCUGUGUAUCUGGCCAGUAAAGCGAGUGGUUACGUGAGCGGCCAUGUGUUGGUUGUUGAUGGUGGGUGGAUGGGACGGUAA